AUGCAAGCCUUUGAAGACUCACGACUGGUAGAGGACGAUCACCAUAAUUUGCAUUUGCAGGCCUUCAACGAUGCACAAAGGACUGCAGAUUAUCACCAUGCUGCACAGUUGGACGCAUUUGAUGAAGCUCGCCAGAUUGCAGAGCGCGAACAAUACAAGCAAACCCAGCUUGAAGAGCAGAGGCAAUGCCGAAGAGUAUUUGAGUGGCUCCGAGCUCCUAACACUGAUAUCGAACAUGGAAAUUUGCUCAAAGUACGGAAUGAAUACCCUAACACUGGGGCGUGGCUGCUUGAAAACUCAUCUUUCAAAGAGUGGAUUCAUCCAGACUUUGCGAGAAUUCCGCCUCUACUUUGGCUUAAGGGAAUUCCUGGAUCUGGCAAAACUGUGCUUGCGUCUCUGGUGGUAGAGGAGAUUCGUAAACUCAAGCGAAACCCCACCGUUCUUUUCUUCUACUGCAAACACGAUAAUCCUGAAUUCAGCACUUUCUCUGCAAUUGCGAGAGGUCUUCUGGCUCAGCUGUUGGAGCAAGAGCGACAUUUACUCCCUUACUUCGACCAGGAAUGCUGCACGAGCAAGGAACCAAUUCUUCAAACCCCAGAGAAGAUCCAAAAAUUACUGGAUACCGCUCUCAAGCAUUGUAAAAGUGCUUAUAUUGUGCUUGAUGGUCUCGAUGAAUGCGAAAGAGAAGAGCGAAAACAGAUAUCGGCGUGGUUUCGAGAACGAGUCGAGAAUGCUCCUCAUAAUGAACCUUUGAAAUUAAGAUGUCUCUUUACCAGUCGAGAUGACGGUCAUGGGAGAAAGGAUUUUGAAGACAUUGAUACAAUCAUAGUUGAUUCCAGUGACAUUGCGAAAGACUUGGAAAUAUUCUGCCAGCGACAAGCGGAUCUUUUAGGAGUCAAGUUUCAACUUACAAGCGACAGAGCAAAUGAUAUAGCUUUAGCAGUUUCUCAGAGGGCGGCAGGUUAG